GACUCUCGCCGCCGGGCGUGGGGGGGUGGGGAGGGAGGCCCCCCGUGCCCCCGGCGAGCAGGGGGUGGCGGCAAGCGCCCGGGCUGCGCGGAGCCUCUCGCACGGAAGCAAGAACUUAUUCAACAAGUUUACCUCCCCCCCACACACCCCCUGCGUUCCUCUUUUCGAUGUGCGUUUUCGGACAUGCGGAGGUUACUGGAACCGUGUUGGUGGAUUUUGUUCCUGAAAAUCACCAGUUCUGUGCUCCAUUAUGUCGUGUGCUUCCCGGCAUUGACUGAAGGCUAUGUCGGGGCCCUGCAGGAGGACAGACACGGCAGCACAGUGCAGAUCCGAAGGCGCAAGGCGUCAGGUGAUCCAUACUGGGCCUACUCUGGCGCAUAUGGUCCUGAGCACUGGGUUACAUCUAGUGUCAGCUGUGGGGGCCGUCAUCAGUCUCCUAUAGACAUUGUGGAUCAGCAUGCUCGUGUUGGUGAAGAAUACCAGGAACUGCAACUUGAUGGCUUUGACAAUGAAUCUUCUAACAAAACCUGGAUGAAAAACACUGGGAAAACAGUUGCCAUCCUUCUGAAAGAUGACUAUUUUGUCAGUGGCGCUGGCCUGCCUGGCAGAUUCAAAGCUGAGAAGGUGGAAUUCCACUGGGGCCACAGCAAUGGUUCCGCGGGCUCCGAACACAGUGUCAACGGCAGAAGGUUUCCCGUGGAGAUGCAGAUUUUCUUUUACAAUCCUGACGAUUUUGACAGCUUUCAAACCGCCAUUUCUGAGAACAGAAUAAUUGGAGCCAUGGCCAUAUUUUUCCAAGUCAGUCCGAGGGACAAUUCUGCACUGGAUCCUAUUAUCCAUGGGUUGAAGGGCGUCGUACAUCAUGAGAAGGAGACCUUCUUGGAUCCUUUUGUCCUUCGGGACCUCCUGCCUGCCUCUCUGAGCAGCUACUACCGGUAUACUGGCUCCUUGACCACCCCUCCCUGCAGCGAAAUUGUGGAGUGGAUUGUCUUCCGGAAGCCUGUCCCCAUCUCCUACCAUCAGCUCGAGGCUUUUUAUUCCAUCUUCACCACCGAACAGCAAGACCACGUGAAGUCAGUGGAGUAUCUGAGAAAUAACUUCCGACCACAGCAGGCUCUGAAUGACAGAGUUGUAUCUAAGUCUGCCGUCCGGGAUGCCUGGAGCCAUGACAUGGCCGACUUCUCAGACAACCCACUGGGGACAGAAGCCUCUAAAGUCUGCAGCUCUCCGCCCAUCCACAUGAAGGUACAGCCUCUGAACCAGACAGUACUGCAGGUGUCCUGGAGCCAGCCUGAGACUAUCUACCACCCGCCCAUCAUGAACUACAUGGUCUCCUACAGUUGGACCAAGAAUGAGGACGAGAAGGAGAAGACAUUCACCAAGGACAGUGACAAAGACUUGAAAGCCACCAUCAGCCAUGUCUCACCCGAUAGCCUUUACCUGUUCCGAGUCCAGGCUGUGUGUCGAAAUGACAUGCGCAGUGACUUCAGCCAGACCAUGCUCUUCCAAGCUAAUACCACCCGGAUAUUCCAAGGGACCAGGAUUGUGAAAACAGGAGUGCCCACGGCGUCUCCUGCCUCUUCGGCCGACAUGGCCCCCAUCAGCUCCGGGUCAUCUACUUGGACAUCCUCGGGCAUCCCUUUCUCCUUCGUUUCCAUGGCAACAGGCAUGGGCCCCUCCUCCAGCGGCAGCCAAGCCACCGUGGCCUCUGUGGUCACCAGCACCCUCCUGGCCGGCCUGGGGUUCGGUGGGGGCGGCAUCUCCUCCUUCCCCAGUACCGUGUGGCCUACGCGUCUCCCCACGGCCCCCGCGGCCACCAAGCAGGCGGGGAGGCCGGUCCUGGCCACCACCGAGGCCUUGGCCUCGUCGGGUCCCGAUGGAGAUUCAGCCCCCGCCAAGGACAGCGAGGGCACAGAGGAAGGAGAGAAGGACGAGAAGAGCGAGAGUGAGGACGGGGAGCGGGAGCACGAGGAGGAGGGGGAGAAGGACUCCGAGAAGAAGGAGAAGAGCGGCAGGGUGAGCCACGCUGCCGGGCAGCCCAACCAGACAGCGCCCACCCCGGCCCCCUCCGCCCCCAACAGGACUGCCCAGGAGGACGGUCAUCAGACUAUACCGGGGCGCAGGCUGGAGCACCCAGCCACCCCCACCCUGCAGCCCGGAGAAGCGAGGAACACCACCCCAGGCCUGGACUCGGAUGAGGUCCCUUCCACCCACGUGCCUCCCACAGCCACAGAGGAAGAGUCUACAGGGAGUGACCCCAGGAGUGACCCCAACGUGCCAUCUAGAAGACCCGCGUCCCGAGGGGACAGAUUCUCUGAGGAUAGCAAGUUUAUCACUGUCAAUCCAGCAGAGAAGAACACCUCUGGAAUGAUAAGCCGGCCCUCUCCAGGGAGGAUGGAGUGGAUCAUCCCUCUGAUUGUGGUAUCAGCCUUGACCUUCGUGUGCCUCGUCCUUCUCAUUGCUGUGCUAGUGUACUGGAGAGGGUGUAACAAAGUAAAGUCCAAGGGCUUUCCCAGACGUUUCCGUGAAGUGCCUUCUUCUGGGGAGAGAGGAGAAAAGGGGAGCAGAAAAUGUUUUCAGACUGCCCAUUUCUACGUGGAAGAUAGCAGUUCACCUCGCGUGGUCCCCAAUGAAAGUAUUCCUAUCAUUCCUAUUCCAGAUGACAUGGAAGCCAUUCCUGUCAAACAGUUUGUUAAACACAUCGGCGAGCUGUAUUCUAAUAACCAGCGUGGGUUCUCUGAGGAUUUUGAGGAGGUCCAACGCUGUACGGCAGAUAUGAACAUCACUGCAGAACAUUCCAAUCAUCUAGAUAACAAGCACAAAAACAGAUACAUCAACAUUUUAGCAUAUGAUCACAGUAGGGUGAAGUUAAGACCUUUACCAGGAAAAGACUCUAAGCACAGUGACUACAUUAAUGCAAACUAUGUCGAUGGUUACAACAAAGCGAAAUCCUACAUUGCCACGCAGGGACCUUUAAAGUCGACAUUUGAAGACUUCUGGAGGAUGAUUUGGGAGCAAAAUACCGGAAUUAUUGUCAUGAUUACAAAUCUUGUGGAGAAAGGAAGACGGAAAUGUGAUCAGUAUUGGCCAACAGAGAACAGCGAAGAGUAUGGAAACAUUAUUGUCACACUGAAGAGCACAAAAGUACAUGCCUGCUACACUGUUCGUCGUUUUUCAGUCAGAAACACGAAAGUGAAAAAGGGUCAGAAGGGAAACCCCAAGGGCCGCCAGAAUGAAAGGAUAGUGAUCCAGUAUCACUACACACAGUGGCCUGACAUGGGGGUUCCUGAGUAUGCCCUCCCGGUCCUGACCUUCGUGAGGAGAUCCUCGGCAGCCCGCACACCAGACAUGGGCCCUGUGCUGGUGCACUGCAGCGCUGGUGUGGGCAGGACAGGCACCUAUAUUGUGAUAGACAGCAUGCUGCAACAGAUAAAAGACAAAAGCACAGUUAAUGUCCUGGGAUUCCUGAAGCAUAUCAGGACUCAGCGUAACUACCUCGUCCAGACUGAGGAGCAGUACAUUUUCAUCCACGAUGCCUUGUUGGAAGCCAUUCUUGGAAAGGAGACUGAAGUAUCUUCAAAUCAGCUACAUAGCUAUGUUAACAGUAUCCUCAUACCAGGAGUGGGAGGAAAGACUCGGCUGGAAAAACAGUUUAAGCUGGUCACUCAAUGUAAUGCAAAAUAUGUGGAGUGCUUCAGUGCUCAGAAAGAGUGCAACAAAGAAAAGAACAGAAACUCUUCAGUUGUGCCAUCUGAGCGUGCUCGAGUGGGUCUUGCACCAUUGCCUGGAAUGAAAGGAACAGAUUACAUUAAUGCUUCUUAUAUCAUGGGCUAUUACAGGAGCAAUGAAUUUAUUAUAACCCAGCAUCCUCUGCCACAUACUACGAAAGAUUUCUGGCGAAUGAUUUGGGAUCAUAAUGCACAGAUCAUCGUCAUGCUGCCAGACAACCAGAGCCUGGCAGAAGAUGAGUUUGUGUACUGGCCAAGCCGAGAAGAAUCCAUGAACUGUGAGGCCUUUACUGUCACUCUUAUCAGCAAAGACAGACUGUGCCUCUCUAAUGAAGAACAAAUUAUCAUCCAUGACUUUAUCCUUGAAGCUACACAGGAUGACUAUGUCCUAGAAGUUCGACACUUUCAGUGCCCCAAAUGGCCUAACCCAGAUGCUCCCAUAAGCAGUACCUUUGAACUGAUCAAUGUCAUCAAGGAAGAGGCCUUAACACGGGAUGGCCCCACCAUUGUUCAUGAUGAGUAUGGAGCAGUUUCAGCAGGAAUGUUGUGUGCCCUUACCACCCUGUCCCAGCAGCUGGAGAAUGAAAAUGCUGUGGAUGUUUUCCAGGUGGCAAAAAUGAUCAAUCUUAUGAGACCUGGAGUAUUCACAGACAUUGAACAAUACCAGUUUGUCUAUAAAGCAAUGCUCAGCUUGGUCAGCACUAAAGAAAAUGGAAAUGGUCCCAUGACAGCGGACAAAAAUGGUGCUGUGCUCAUUGCAGAUGAAUCAGACCCUGCCGAGAGCAUGGAGUCUCUAGUGUGACUGGAUUCCGGAAAGGGCACUUAAUUUGUAAACUUCUGAAGACUGAGAACUUUUUUGAGGCCUUUUUUGCCAGACUCUAGGUUAUACAAUAACCCAGUUACUUUUUUACACUGAUAAAAGUUUUGAUAUUUAUUUUUUGCCAUUUUAUGUCUUAAUGGUAUCCUACUGAGCAUUUGCACCUCUGUUCAUUUCACACAGUGAAACGCAAUUUUACCUAGUUUGCACUAUAUGAUCAGUGUUACUGCCUAUAAUCUAGUACUAAAGCAAACCCUGAUGUGACAUUCCAUGACAGCGUAUGUGCUACUUUUUAGUUCAGUACAGUAAAGGUCUUUGUAAUGACAGUGAAUCUUGGUUUUCAUUAUUAUUGCUAAAGCAGUUGCAUUCUACUAGCAGGCAAUGCUGUACUUUUCUUCAGUCCUCCCCUCCUAUUUUUUAGGCACUGUUCAAUACUGUAUGCCUUCUGUAUUUUAAUGGAGUGGAUGGAUCAUGUUUUCUUUUACAAAAUAGCUGGCUAUCAGGAGCUACUAAGGUCUAUCAACAUUGUAGCCUUGAAACAGUUCCGUUUAUGAUGGCUAAGAAAUCCAGUAAGAAAUUAGGAGGUUUAAGAGUUGCUUCAUGUGAACAUCUCUGAUUAGUUAUGAAGUUAUAUUCACAGCUUAAAAAAUGUGUCAAAAUAAAGGAUAACUGUAUUACAGCUUUCACAGUAGCUAUGUGGACAGUGUGUGUUAUUUCCACUUGACUCUCUGAAACAGCUAGCCCCUAAAAUCAGGGCUAUCAUUUACAGUAGAAAGGUGGCAAUCUUUUACACAACUAUAGAUCCUCUAAGUAAUCCUCACUAAUGCAGUUUUGUUGCUAAUACCUUCCCUUAUGAUAGGUAGAGUAAAAAUUUUUGUAAAUGUACAAUUCUGAAACUAGUACUCUAAAAAUGUUCCACUACAUAUAGCCAUCUAAUAAAAACUACCUGUAGAGUUAACAUUCUUUUCUUUCAGCCAAAUGUUUCAUAAAUCUCUUGCAUUCUUCCACUUAAGAUUAAAUUGAAAAUACCGUAUUAGCAAAAGUUUGGGGACUGUCUAAACUCUCACACAUGAUUAAGUCUUAUUGGAAAAAAAGAUAAAUGGAAUCUUAAAUAAAAGGUGAUGUCUACAUUUCCAAGUGGAUUUUUAAGAGAAGGAGGUGGCUUUGAAUGCUUUUGUGUAGUUUAGCCUCAAGGAAACAGAUAAUCAUUAGCAUCAAAGAAACUGAUAAACUAUAAUCAUUAGAGCCUCUAAAGUUAUAUUCACAGUAGUAAUGGAAAAAUUGGGAGACUUUUUUUUAAAGAAAUAGCAGUAGAGUUAGAAAAAUAAGCACUUACUGAGAUCUGUUCCUUCAGUUUCAUGUGUCCUUUCAGAGUCCAUUUCUGUCAGACUUGAAAUCAUAACCAGAAUUGGGCCUAUGAAGAACAGGCUUUCGUGUUAUUUUAUGCCAAUAAAACUUGAACCAAAAGGCCACCAUGGCUACUCUAUUUUCUGGGUAGGCAUGACAGCAUGAAUGACAAAAUUAUGAUGAGUACUGAGGUUCUGUUAUCUUGAGUUGCUUGAGCCAUGCUAGAAGACCAGUUUCUAUGCAGAAAGGAACUACAGGCCAAGUUCAAACAUUCCAAUGCAGGGGUCAGAUCAAUAGAGUUCUCGUGAGCUAUGUAAUUUUAUCAAGGUUAAUCUCAGCUUUUCAUCACACAACAUUCAAUAGCACAGACUAUUUGCUUCUACAAAACUGUAUACUAGUCUUUGGAAAAAGUGUUCAAGUGAGCAAAAUGGGCUAAAUGUAUGUUGAUAGAUGGCACAGACACCUUUACCACUCCUCAGCUCCCACCAGACAUGAUGGCUUGCCGUUGGAACAUUUACAACUGCUGGAAGGCUGAGGGGAAUCAGGAAGAGAAAAGUUUCAGGUUUGGUUGAAAGCUGAAAGUUUCUCAUUUAAGUGAGUCACUUUAGUUGUGCAGACUAUUGAUAUGAACUAAUGCUUGUUAGUAGAUGGCACAGUGGCUUUAUCAUUCAAAUGUAACAUUUGAGUGCAUGAUUCCUCCAGUCAUUUUUUUUCUGAAUAAAAGGACAUUGCUUAGAAAACAAAAGCAAGUAUUCCCUUCUGCACUAUUUACAGAAGGCUCAAUCUGUGGAAAUGAAUACCUUCAUUCUGUGAUUGUCUUGCUGUUACACGAGUAACAGAAUAAUGAUGAAAGGGAAAAAGAAAGAGCAAGUCAAUAGGAUAGAAACUUUAUAAAGAUGGUUUCAAAGUUCUAUGUAAGCAAUCUGUUUAUCUACAGCAGGCUUGAACCAAACUGUACAGAUCCUGACCCACUGAACUGUGAACAACUGCUAUUUGCCCAUCUUACCAAAGUGGUCCAAACCCCUCACUGAGCAUAGUUCCAACUUUCACCACAAUGUGCAUCAUCACUAUUACUAUCCAUCAAUAGCAAAAGUAUGCUUGCAUCUCUCCAGAGGCAGAGACUUCCAAAAAUGGCAUUUUGAGACAUAACAAAUUGCUUCCGUAGUUAACAAUGUUAUUACUACUUGCAUUCAAGGGGAAAGUAAAUAGCUAUUCCAAGUUAAUGUGUACUUCUUUAUAAAAAUAAAGCUGUUUGGGGGUUUAGCUCUAAAGAAUCAGAAUGUGCAGAUCAUAUAAAACCAAACUGCUCUGAUCAGACCAAGUGGCAGUGAUGGACAUCAAAGGCAUCUUAUGCCAUCAGAACUUUCUUACACCUGAUAGCUAUACUACCAUCUUCCUCAUUUAAAAGAAGUUCUGACUUUAAAUAAUAGAAUUAGUUAAUUUUCCUAAUUUUAUGCCUUGCAGUUUUAAGACUCCCAUUUGGAAUAGAAGAGUCCAGCAAGGUCAGAGAAGAGUUUGGGUAUUCAAGUUCUAGCUGUUGGAAUUUGUAGCCCAGAGUGAUACUGAAGUCAAUAAAUAACCUAAUUAUUUUGUAAUGACACAGCACAACUGCCUUGUUAUGACUUUUUCUUAAAUGCAUAUAUAUUUAAAAUUAAAAUAUAGAUACCAAUUUACCAAAGACACAUAUUACUAAUUCUAAGCAAAAAGUAAACCCAAAUUAAUCGUAAUUUAAGAGAAAACAAAGCAUAGUGGUCUUAAGAAGUUAGCAGUUAUACUGGAAAAUGCAUUUUUAAUUUCUAUGUUCUAAAAUUUCUGUUCAAAUGGUGCCAGUGAAUUUUUAUAUGAAGGGAAAAAAAUGCCUGCUUUUUUCUGUUGUUAGCAGCUGUAAUUUCACUUAACCCUUUGCGCUUUCCCUUAGUUCCAUCUAACAUACAAUAUUGGCUUUACUUAUCUCUAGAAAGAAGGCAUGCUAAAAAUAGGAAAGAAUUGUAAUAAUAUUUGGCCUCUACUUUGUCUUAGCUGUUAAAACUGUUUUUAGUAUUUUUGUUAACUAUUUGCAAGGGGAAGCGUUUUCUACAGAAGAUAAUUUCAAGAAAAAAAUAUCUUGAGUUUUAAGAAAAACAUCUCCAGAAAAGGAGAAAAGUCAAUUUUUUAAAACGUCGCAACUCUCCAACAUUUGGGGUAGUGACUCCUUUUUUGUUAAGACAUUUGAAACUUGCAAGCAGCCAUUAUUUCUAAAGAAUUCAGCCUUCAUGUUGACUCCUGUUUCUUUCACUUCAUUUUGAAAUAGCUGAAAUCAUUAAAACUGUAAAUAUUUUGUUGCUUGGGUAAACAUCUUCUGGGAACUUUGUAUCUAUGGUAUAUAAUCAUAGAAUUUUAUAUUUUCAUAUAAAGCUAAUUUUUUUCUAGUUUCAAUUCCGUCAUAGUUUUUCUUUUCUUUUCUUUUCGUGGUGGAUAUGUGAAUUCAACGUUCUGUGUAUUGAAGUAGCAAGAACCAUCUUUGCAUUCCAAAAGAAUCCAACAUGUUCUUUCUUUGAGGCAGUGAUUGUGAAAGUUGGACUUUCUUUAAAUCCCAUUGACCAUUUGUGCAAUAGGAAUUAGACAUGAUUAGUCACUGAAUUCAUUUGUUGCAUUGAUCCAUUUGGAAGAAGUGAUUUUUUUUUUUAAAUUUGUUCUGGGGGAGGGGUUUUGUAACCUGAAAUUUUUUCCUUUUUCUUUGUUUAAAACUAUAUCAAAUCAUUCUAUUAUAGUGUUAUUUAAUAUGUAAAUUGUAUUGCUAUACAUAAAUAAAGUAUGGUUUUUGAUGUA